GUCCGCUUAAGGAUUAAUUUUCCGAGAAAUAUUUGCAAAGGAUGCAUCGACAAACUGCAAGAAAUAUCCGUAUUCAUUGAAAUCUUGAAAAAUAAUAUCACCAAUCUGGAUGGAAAACCGGCAGUAGAUGUAAGACUUGAAUGCCCAGAAUCAAUUGAAAGUGGAAAUUUUUACCAAGAAAAUGAGAUGACCACCGAAAGAGAUUCAUCUCCAGAGAAACCUGGGGUUUGCCGAAUUUGCUCUUCUCCACUUAGUCUAACAUUGCAUGAGAAAUGUACACAUCUGAUUCAACUGUUCCAAGAUCUUACCAAUCAGGAAGCAAAACUGGGAAGCAAUAUGUGCAACUCGUGUAUGGAAAAUCUAGAAAUGAUAUCAUCCUUCAUCGUUUCGUCAAAAAGUACUGACGAAAAAUUUGAGUACAUUGUGAAAAAUGAGACGGUUGCAACUGAAAGUUAUUCUGAUUUAAAUGAUUCAUUGGAGUGUGAUGAUAUAAAGCCCUCAACUUCUGCUGAUCAAAUUGACAUCAAAGAAGAAAUAAUUGACGAGAAUGCUUCUACUUUUGCAAACCAUCGAAGCAAGCUGGAACUGAAAGAAUUGGAUUCUGAAAAUCUCCAAAUGAAAAACCACCAAUGCAGUGUGUGCCAAAAAACAUACACUAAAGAGAGUUAUUUGAAAAGACAUAUGCUCAUCCACGUGGAAAAAAAAUAUCAGUGUGAUCGUGGCGAAAAACGUUUCGCUGAGAAGUAUUCGUUGAGGAAUCAUUUGCCUAGUCACUGUAGAGAAAUGCCUUACAAGUGUAAUUUUUGUCAAAAAAGUUUCACGGUGCAGAGAAGUUUUCAGAAUCAUUUGAAGAUGCAUGCUAUGCAUGCCGUUGAAAAAACACACAGGUGCAGUCACUGCAGAAGAAUUUUCUAUCAAAAGGUUGAUCUGCUCUCCCACACUUGCAAGAAGCUAACGAAAUCAGCUUGUUACAGACAAAAUUCUUGCUCCAAAAAUGAACCAUUGAAAUGUAAUAGCUGCGAUGAAACCUUUACUAGGAACUUCGAUUUCCGUCAACAUCUGGUCACACACGUUUGUGAGAAACACCCUGGCCAAAAACAUGUACUCAGGCACACCGAUGACAAGCCUUAUAAAUGUAAAAUUUGCCAAAAAGGUUUAGCAACAAAGUCCUCUUUGCGACAGCAUUUUCUUGGCCACACUGGAGUAAAGUCGUUCAAAUGUGAUUAUUGUAAAAGCGUUUUCGCUCGAGAAAGCACUCUGAAGCGGCAUCUGCUGACGUACUCUCACAAAAAGCAACACAAACUUGAGUUUUGCGAAAAAAGUUUUGAAGAGGAAAGCACUGUACAACUGAAGGGCACCGAAAACAAACUACCCAAGUGUAACAUUUGUCAACAAAUAUUCACUCUAAGCUCCUCGCUGCAGAGCCAUUUGCGUGUCCACACUGGAGAGAAACCUUUCAAGUGUGAUUGUUGUCAAAAAAGUUUCACCCAAAAGUCCAGUCUGCAUCAGCAUUUUCUCACUCAUUUCACCGAGAAGCCUUACAAAUGUGAUAUUUGCAAAAAAGGUUUCACCUCGAAUCCCAUUUUGCGGAGGCAUUCGUUCCUACAUACCGAUGAAAAGCCAUUCAGAUGUUAUUGUUGCGGGGAAAAGUUUAUUGAGAACUAUCUUUUGCAGCGGCAUUUGUUGAGUCAUUCUUUGGAAGAACAAUGCGAAAAGGAUUCAGAAAAGAGCUCUAUUUGAAGAAGCAUUUUUCCACACGUGGCACUUUCAAACUUUCAUUUGUUAUCGAUUAUGUUAUUAUUAGUUACUGAAUUAUUAGCAUUUGAUUGAAUACAUCCUGCAAUAUUCUAUGUAGAUCUAA